CCUAUUUCUCUCUCAAAUCCUACACUUUUGCACCCUUUCCCCAACAUACAUUCUCCUCUUCUUCUUCUCUUUAGCAGUGUUAUUUUUCUUCUACUCUGCCACAACUUGCUGUUUCUACCGCCUGCUUUUGUUUCAAAACACACAUAAUCCGAGUUAGAACUUGCGAUCGUUUCCACUACUUGGGAGUUUUUGGGUUCUUUUUCGACGAACUUGCAGAGAUUGAAACUUGAAAUAGGGAAAACAAUCAUAAUCGCCAAACGGGUGUCAUCCUACUUGGAGUUCGAGAAAGCCGUUGAACCUAUGGAGAACCAUCCUCAUUACUCGGAGAAAGAAGAAGCGAUGAAUACAGGGCAACCAUCUGCAUUCCCAGAGGACAUGAAAUCAAUCAUAUUCAAGUGUCUGGGUUUAACGGACGAAGACAUGGAGAAUGUGCUUUAUUUUGUUAAGAAGGUCAAUGAGGAAACAAGGAGAAAACAAAAAGAAUCUACAGGGGUCAAGAAAUCUGUUGAGUUGGAGAAUGUUGAUAUGACGGCUGUUAAUGGCAACCUGAGCCUAACCGAUUACUCUGAGAAAUUCACUGAUGAAUCCUUCAAAUCUACCGAUUUGCCGCUCACACCAUUACCAGUUCUGAAUUUUGAUGUGCCCAAGAAACAGAGAGGUAGCAAAGGAAAACCCUUGAUGGGUACAAGCGGCACAAGUUUUUUGAAGAAAGUUGAGAACCCUGCUAUGGGAGAUUUGGAAACAAGAUUUUCUAAUGCUAAGCAAUUCAAAGUUAUUAACAAGAUGCCCAAUAAACAUAGGUCCGACAGAGGGAAAACCCUGGCAAUUAAUGCUACUGAUUUCUUCAGAAAAUUUGGAACCCCUGUUCUGAGAGAUUGUGAAACAGGAUCCUCUGACGCCGAGAAAGUAGAAAACAAGAGAAAGGUUCAGAAACGUUGCCGUGAGAGUGACAAAGGUGAAGAGGAAAAGCUGAAUAAACCCAAGAGGCAGGAUGGAAAGGUACAGAAUAACAAAGUAAUGAAACAACUUGCUGAAUGGGGUUUGGUGCCACCACCAAACAUGCCAACUGAAUUCAAGAAUUUGAUUGAAGGGAUGGGUGGUUCUGAAGAGAAGUUGCUGAUACAGAAGAUCAUAUUCAAAACAGACCUUAGUAAGUCCCAUAACCGCUUGCAAAUUCCAGAGAAUCAGGUGAUGGCAACUUUUCUUACGGAGGAGGAGGAAAGGGAAUUGGAUGAGAAAGGGCUGAAUGUUGGGCUGAUAGAACCGUGUCUGAAGAAAUCGGAAAUCCACCUGACCAAGUGGAAUAUGAGAAAUUCCAGAGUGUUUGUGUUUAAUGAGCAGUGGAAUUCAGUGGUAGAUGGAAAUCAGAGCACAAUAAAAAGGAAUGCAGUGGUGCAGAUUUGGUCAUUCCGGAUAGCCUCCAAAUCAAAGCUAUGUUUUGCCAUGGUUAAGGUUAAAGAUGGAGAUGAUGAUUAAGGUCAGAUAGUCUAUGAACAUACUUCAAAGUUAGAUGUAUAAAGUGAUGCACAUAUUAGGUUUUUUGCCCGUUAACACAUGAAUAUAGCUUUUUUUCAUUUUUGUUUCAUGGAAUGAUAAAUGUUAGGCAGUGAUGUUAACAGAAAAUUAUUGUGUAGUCUGGAUCAUAAUAUAUAACAGUGAAUCAAUGACAUUCAGUUGA